GACAAUUGUCAGUCAAAUUCAAAGGACAAACAACAACGAGGAUUAAUUAUUUAACGAUUUGCGAGUGUAGAUCAUCAAUAAAACAUAAAAAUUUAAGCGGUGCACUAAGUAAAAAAUCAACAUGGCAAAACGCGGUGCAACGAAAGAACUGAAUCAUGACAACUGGAAUGACGAAGAGGAGCCAGAAGAAGCCGGCACAAUGGCUCGUGCGUCGAAAAAUGAACUGGAGAAACGCGUAAUUAUCAAGGCCAAACGACGCAAUGCCACAGAAACGGACGGCAAGAAAUCAGCUUUCGCCGGAUUUGCUGGUUUCGGAGCAGUCGCAGCAAAACCUCCAGCGUCAACUUUCUCAUUUCUCACCAAAUCACCGGCGGCAACAACAACAACGCCUUCAACGGAUGACAAAAAGAAGGAAAAUGGCAACGGAGUCGACACGUAUUCGGCUGACAUUAAAAAAUUAAAUAGCGAUUUCGCAAAAUGGAUCCAAAAGUGCGUGGAUAACAAUCCGCUGUGCAAUUUGACGCCCAUUUUCGAGGAUUACAAGAAGUAUUUGAAGGAAAUUGAAUCGGAAAAGGACAAAAAACAACAAAAUAGUACAACGAGUGCUCCAAUUUCCUUCGGCGCGGUGAAAGACGACAAAAAACCAGAAACUUCUUUGCCCGCAGCAGCGUCAACGUUCAAAUUUGGUGAUGCAAGUACAACAACAAAGCCGGCAACGUCAACGUUUAGCUUUGGAAAUGCUCUGUCAUCGUCCUCGAGUGCACCUAAAACCGAUACAGCGCCCAAAUUUUCCUUCGGAUCGAGUGCAAGUGCCACAACAGCAACUCCAGCGGCAACAACGACAUCACCUCUCGCUUCUGAACCGGCAAAGGCGCCCGUUUUCAGUGGUUUUGGCACCUUAGGAGGCUCAAAACCUUUUUCAUUUGGCACUUCGUCGACGCCUUUUAGCUUUGGAGGCGUUACACAAGCCGCUGCCGAUAAAAAAGACGACGUCAAAGAGGAAGAAGGCGACGACGAAGAUCAACCGCCCAAAGUUGAGUUCACGCCCGUCGUCGAAGAAGACAGUAUUUACUCGAAACGAUGCAAGGUCUUUGUGAAAGUCGAUAAAGAGUUCAAGGAUCGCGGCGUUGGCACGUUGUACAUCAAAAGUGUGGAGGACGGCGCGAAAACUCAAGUGAUUGUGCGUGCAGACACCAGUUUGGGCAACUUGCUCCUCAAUAUGUUGCUGACGAAGGAGACGCCAACAAGUCGAACAGGCAAAAAUAACGUCAUGGUGGGCACCGUUGUCGAUGGCAAGCCAACUUCGGUACUUUUGCGUGUCAAAACGGGCGAAGAUGCCGACGAAUUGUUAGCGACGUUGGAAAAAAAUAAAAAAUAAUUUCGUUUCGUGAUUAAAAUUUAGAAUUUCUAAUGUUUAUGUUCAUUGUAGAAUUUCUUUCCAAUAAAAAUUAUUUCAAUUAAA